GACUUCUACCCGGAAAAUACAGACUUAAGCGACAUAUGAACCGUCAGUAGUCCAAGGUCCUGACACAAUACUUAUUUUAACAAAUUCUUCCUCUGUGCAACCUCGUGUUCAAUUUUGCACGAACAGCAGGGUGAUGCUGAGGAGUGUUUUCAGGUGCCUUAGGACCAACCCUGUUGCUGGCCAAAGAAGUAUGUCUCAAAGCAGCCUUGCUGGAAAGGUAGCCAUAGUCACUGCGUCCACAGAUGGAAUUGGUCUGGCAGCAGCUCAGGCUUUGGGAAAGAGGGGAGCCCAUGUGGUGGUGAGCAGUAGGCGACAGGCCAAUGUGGACAAGGCAGUGGCACUUCUGCAGAGCCAGAACAUCCAAGUGACUGGGACCACAUGUAACGUUGGCGACGGAGAAGACAGAGAAAAACUGGUUCAAAUGACUCUGGAGAAGUGUGGAGGUGUUGAUAUCCUGGUGUCCAAUGCAGCAGUCAACCCUUUCUUUGGAAACAUCAUGGACUCCACAGAGGACGUCUGGGACAAGAUCCUGUCUGUAAACGUGAAAUCAGCCUUCCUCAUGACCAAGUUGGUGGCGCCUCAUAUGGCGAAGAGGGGAGGGGGGAAUGUAGUGUUUGUGUCAUCUGUGGCUGGAUACCAACCAAUGCAGGCUUUGGGUCCUUACAGUGUUAGUAAGACAGCCCUGUUGGGUCUGACCCGGGCACUGGCCCCUGAGCUGGCUCAGAGUAACAUAAGAGUCAACUGUGUGGCCCCGGGAGUUAUUAAGACUCGCUUCAGCUCUGCUUUAUGGCAAAAUGAAGACAUCAUGGACGAGUUCAAAAAGCAGCUCAGCAUUAAAAGAAUUGGAGAGCCAGAGGAAAUUGGUGGAGUGAUCGCUUUCCUGUGCUCUGAGGAGGCUUCCUACAUCACUGGAGAGACCAUCACAGUGACUGGAGGGAUGAGCUGUCGACUCUGAGCCUCCACUGGCGACAAAACUAAUUUGUACUUAAUUUUGUCUUGUAUUUUGAUUACUUCCACUAUUUGAAGUUUCCGGUGUGAUGUUUGUAAUAUUCUGCUUGAAGAUUUCUAAUCUAUAUGUAAAAGUUUUCACAAAGUGCUUAUCUAAAAUAACACCCCACAGAUCAGGCAGUUCAUCUGUGAUAGAAUCACAUUCAAAUUAUAAAUAAGUGGGAAAAUUUCAGUCAUUUGACAGUGCAUUUUAUCAGAUAAUAAAAGUUUAUGUACAUAAAUUUAUAUACAAUUGAAAAACCUAGUUGUGCCAGGUUUUAUAAAACUAAUUCACCAAAUGCUA